AUGAAAAUAAAAACAACAAAUGGUUUCAUAUCUUAUCUAUAUCGAAUUGACAGCAUCAUAGACAAUUAUCGAGUUUUACUUACAUCUGAUAUCAUAAACAACGUGCAAAUGACAGAGUCGAGCGUUGAUGAGGGUUCUCCACUAAUUUUCCAUACUUCGAGUAUUCCAAAUACACCAGAUCAUCGAACAGAUUUUCAACGCAAACUUUCUGUUUGGCUAAUUCUAAUCAGCGCUGGUUUAGAGCGCUUAGCCUUCUAUUCGUUAGCAGGAAAUCUUGUUCUGUUUCUUACAUCCGAUGUUAUUAAUUGGACACCGGUACACAGUGUCACUGCUUCAUUCAUAUUUCUUGGUACAAGUUACAUAUCGGCUCUUAUUUUUGCUUGGAUCAGCGACGGCAAAUUAGGUCGAGCGAAGACAAUUAUUAUCGGAUUUCUAUUGUACAUCAUUGGUUAUGCAUUCAUUUCCUUAUUUUCUGACAAUGAUCAAUAUGAAUUAUAUAGUACAUUCUGUGGUAGAAGCAAUCUGACAGUAUUGGACACAGUUGGAUUUUUUCAAGAACAAUGCAUUCCUCAGAUUCUCUCGACAUUGAUUCUCACAGCUAUCGGCGUCGGCGCAGUUCAAGCAAAUAUGGCUGUAUUCGGUGCUGAACAAGUUCGAGAACAAAGAGCAACGACACAAUACUUUGAUAAAUAUUACGCUGCAGUGAAUAUCGGUGGAUUGAUUGCUUUUGCAUUUAUUGCCUAUGGACAACAAAAUGAUAGUUAUUUCAUCGGGUAUAUCAUUCCAUUGGGUCUAUUGAUUAUUGCGUUGAUUUUGUUUCUGAUCGGUUAUCGAUUUUGCAUUCAUAUUGUACCACAUGAUUCUGUAAUUAGUAAUAUCAUUCCAGUACUGAUCAACGCUUUUCAAACGUGGAGGAAACAUCGACGAAAUGCGCAAAUCUUAACGAAUAAUCGAAGACAAAAUAGUUCAACGGUGUUAUUAGAUGAUCGUGUUGACUACAGUGAUCAAUUUUCGAUAACGACAAGCGGGCAAACAUGGUCAUUUCUAGAUUAUGCAAAAAUAUCGAACCAAGGAAAAUUUAUCGAUCGAAUCGUAGAUGAUAUCAAAUCGCUCCGACGUAUCAUUGUUGUUUUCCUUCUUCUUAUGCCCUAUUGGCUUCUAUACUUCCAAAUUGAAACAACAUUUCUUGUCCAAGGUGUGCAUAUGAAAGUAAUGAAAUUCUUUCGUACGGAUCAAGGCGAUCAUUAUAUGCCUGUCAUUUGGCUAUCGCUCGGUGAUCAAAUCAUCAUUAUUGUUGCAAUCUAUUUUCUCAACACUUUCGUUUACAAACGUCUUCGAGCAAGUGGACGUUCGAUUUCAAUACGUUUUCGAAUUACUAUUGGUAUGAUGUCAGCUGCUCUAGCAAUGUGUAUGGCAGGCACUGUGGAGAUAUUUCGUCAAAAACUUUGCGAUUCUCCACCAACGAUUGCACAAGUUAUUGGAAAAAUGAAUUAUACUGCUGCUGACAUGUCGAUAUUUUAUCAAUUUCCACAGUACAUUGGAAUUGGUCUGUCAGAAGUAUUCGCUUCAGUUGCCAGCUUAGAAUUCGCGUAUUUAGCCGCUCCACGUUCUGCUCAAUCGUUAAUUAUGAGUCUUCGAUUUUGUUCUGCUGGCCUGUCAUCGUUCUUCGGCUCGUUCUAUAUUGGUAUAUUCGUUAAAAUAAAACACGAUCUUGCCUUUGAAAACUCUUCCUGCAAAGCAACAGAUGAGCCUGAGUUAUUCUAUGUUUAUUUCUUUGUAUUGGCUGCUUUUCAAGUAUUCUUCAUACUGGUAUUUCUCGCCUGUGAUCGAAAAUUUCACAUACUGAAAGUAUCCAAACAACGAUUCAACACCAGAUUAUUUGUUGCACCGACGUCUCGAUCAUCUACUCAUUGUUGA